AUGGAAGAGUCCAGAGAUCGGAGACUGGAGAACAAAGAAAUGACCAUCUUUGCUCUCAUCGUUAUCAACAAGGCUGGUGGUUUAGUUUACAACAAGAACUUCCACGAGGGCCUCCAACAAAUCACCACAAAUGAGUAUCUAGUUCUCGCCGGAACAUUUCAUGGUGUCCAUGCCAUCACCUCCCGUCUCAACCCAGUCAAGAACCUACCAGGCGCGACACCUCCAGGGAGCAGACCUGAACCCUCGUCAGGCUUAGAGGUUCUCGAGACAGAAAACUUCCGCAUGCAGUGCUUCACCACCAUGACAGGGACAAAGUUCCUCCUCUUCACCGACACCACACAGGCAAAUGUGGAUGUCACCAUCCGUAAGAUUUACGACCUCUACGCGGACUACGUCAUGAAGAACCCUUUUUAUUCUCUAGAGAUGCCCAUCAGGUGCGACAUCUUUGACCGGAAACUGCUUUCAUACAUCAGGGAGAUCAACAAUCGAUAG